CCAAACGUCAGAUCAUCUUCCAAAAAGAAAAUAGAAGAGGCAAAUAAAACAAGAGAGCGGGGGUUCUGAAAAUUUCAAAUCCACAUCGCCAGCCCGCUCUCCCCCUCUCACAUGUAUUCACUCCCCGCCCAGAGAAACCAAAGGAGAUAGAUCGGAGUCGGAGAGGAAGUCAAACCGAAGUGAGGAUUCCGGCGGAGAGGCAGAUAGAGGAGAGUGCUAACCGAGAGUGUUCCUGCGGAGAGUCUACAAGUAGCGAAGAUUGCGUCGCCAGCUCCGUCUCCAUCCCGUGCCGGUGGAUCCAGCAGCAGAGCAGGAACUCGUCCGCCUUUCCUCUCUUCAUUGGGGAAAACUGACGGAAGAAUGUCCGGCCGCCAGGAGAAAGAGAAGGGCGUUAAUGUUCAGGUCCUGCUUCGUUGCAGGCCGUUUAGUGACGACGAGCUGAGGAGCAAUGCGCCACAAGUGGUGACUUGCAAUGAUUACCAGAGAGAAGUGGCGGUUUCGCAGAACAUCGCCGGGAAGCAUAUCGACCGAGUUUUCACUUUCGACAAGGUCUUUGGCCCUUCAGCUCAGCAAAGAGAUCUCUAUGACCAGGCAGUAGUACCGAUUGUAAACGAAGUUCUGGAAGGUUUUAACUGUACCAUUUUUGCAUAUGGUCAAACAGGUACAGGUAAGACUUACACCAUGGAGGGUGAAUGCAAAAGGGCAAAGAGUGGGCUUAAUGGAGAACUGCCCCAAGAAGCAGGGGUUAUUCCUAGAGCCGUGAAGCAAAUUUUUGAUACACUUGAAGGGCAGAAUGCUGAAUACAGUGUGAAAGUUACUUUCUUGGAGCUUUACAACGAGGAAAUCACUGAUUUGCUUGCCCCAGAAGAAAUUUCUAAGGUAGCUUUUGAAGAGAAGCAAAAGAAGCCCUUGCCACUUAUGGAGGAUGGGAAAGGUGGAGUUCUUGUUAGAGGUCUGGAAGAAGAAAUAGUGACAAGUGCAAGUGAGAUAUUCACUCUUCUGGAAAGAGGUUCCUCAAAACGCAGAACUGCUGAGACUUUGCUGAACAAGCAAUCAAGUCGUUCGCAUUCUCUCUUUUCGAUAACAAUCCACAUCAAAGAACCGACACCGGAGGGUGAGGAACUAAUCAAAUGUGGGAAAUUGAAUUUGGUGGAUCUGGCUGGCUCAGAAAAUAUUUCUCGGUCUGGUGCCAGAGAGGGCCGUGCCAGGGAAGCUGGCGAAAUCAACAAAAGUUUGCUUACACUGGGCCGGGUCAUCAGUGCUCUUGUGGAGCAUCUGGGCCAUAUUCCAUAUAGGGACAGCAAGCUCACAAGAUUGCUUCGUGAUUCGCUCGGGGGAAGAACAAAAACCUGCAUUAUAGCUACUGUUUCCCCUGCUGUUCACUGUUUGGAAGAGACAUUGAGUACACUGGAUUAUGCACACCGGGCCAAGCAUAUCAAGAAUAAGCCUGAGGUGAACCAAAAAAUGAUGAAAUCAACCCUUCUCAAGGAUCUUCAAGGUGAAAUUGAUAGACUGAAGGCAGAGGUUUAUGCUGCCCGUGAAAAGAAUGGUGUGUACAUCCCCAAGGAACGAUACUAUCAAGAGGAGUCAGAAAGGAAGGAAAUGGCUGAUCAGAUUGAACAAAUGGGGCUCACUAUAGAAACUCAUGAAAAGCAACUUGAGGAAUUGCAAGAGAAGUAUGAUGUACAAGUUCGGCAUUGUUCUGAUCUAAGUACCAAACUUGCUCACACAGAGAGAAACUUGCUGGAAACAAGCAGAUUGCUUGCUAAUACUGAGGAAGAACUGAAGAAGUGCCGUUACACACUGAACGAAAGGGAUUUUGUCAUUUCUGAACAAAGAAAAGCUGAAAAUGCUUUGAGCCAGCAAGCAUGUGCUUUGCGGUCCGACUUAGAGAAAGCUCUGAAAGACAAUGCUUCAUUGUUUGACAAGAUUGGUAGGGAAGACCAACUGCAUUCUGAGAAUAGAUCAGUAGUCAACAGUUUCCAGUCCGAGCUCUCUCAGCAGAUUGGUUGUCUUCGUAGCAUAGUUGCUAACUCUAUGUCGCAGCAGGAUGAGCAUCUGCAGUGUGUUGGCAAACUCUGUCAUUCUUUUAUGCAGACCCAUGACAAGGCGGUCAAGAAAAUGAAGAAGAAAUUGACAAACACGAGGACAGUAUACGCGUCCCACAUUGAAGCGUUGCAAAAUGUGGUUCGUCUGCACAAGUCGAAUUCUAUUGCUGGCCUGGAUGAGAUGUCAACUUUGGCUUCCUCCAAUGCACAGUCUAUUGAAGAUUAUCUAGCUUCAGAAGGUGUCCAAGCAGCUGCAGUAUUUGAUGACCUCCGGAACGCUCUCUCAGCUCACCAGGGUGAAAUGGCCAUUUUCGCAAGGGAGCUACGCCAGAGGUUCAACUCAAGUAGUGAGCAAACAAAGCAGAUUUCAGAUUACACAGAUGGAUUCCUUUGCAAACUGAUGGACCAAUCCCAAACUAUCCAAAAUCACGUGAUGGGAGUUGACAACAUCCAAAUGAACAGCAUUGCUGAUUUCCAGAAAGCUUAUGAGGAACAAUGUAAAUCUGAAGCGGAUAAGCUUGUUGCCGAUAUCAGCAAUCUUCUUUCUAAUCACAUUCUCCGUCAAAAGGAGCUGGUGAAUACAAGGCUUGAUGUUCUCAGAGAAGCUGCUGUUGAAAACCGGACAUUUAUGGAUGGCCAAGUCUCCUCAUUGGAGAAUAUUACCACUGAAGCGAAACGAAAAUGGAAAGAGUUUUGCGUCCAAGCUGGAAGUGAAGCCAAGGAUGGUGCAGAUUAUUCUGCUGCAAAACAUUGUCGCAUGGAGAUACUCCUCCAACAAAGCGUGACCAAUGCCGAAUCAGCUUUCCAGCACUGCAAAAAGACUCGUGACUCUGUGAACGAAAUGUGCACCGAGCAUGUCUCGUCUUUGUGUACCCUCGUCAGAGAUGCAACUGAAAACAUCGAGCAACAUGAUGCUGAGAUUGAUUCAGCAAGGACAGCAGCUGAGCAAGAUGUAGCAACGAAUAGCCAAGACAUUCUUCAGCACAUAGAUGGUAUGUCAGCGCAAGAACGUGAAUCAGUUUCAGGCAUAGUGACAACGGUUGAAGCACACACGAAAACACUGGAGACUUUCCGGGAAGAUCACUCUGGUCAAGCUGCGGUCAUGGAGAACAAAUCACAAGAAACCUUCCAGCAGCGCUUUAUGGACUACGAUCCAACGGGGACGACUCCGAUGAGGACGGAGCCGGAGGUUCCGAGCAAGGGGACAAUCGAAUCGCUAAGAGCAAUGCCGAUGGAAGCAUUGGUGGAGGAAUUCCGAGAGAACAACUCAUACGACUCGUUUGAGGUGAAGGAACUCAAACCUUCUCUUAUCCCACGCCCGCCCCUGGCCCAACUCAAUUAGCGGGGAAAAGAAACAACUACAUUCUGCCGCUCAUCUUUGUUCUUAAUAUACACCUUCCCGUUUGAUGGUUAAGUUUGCAGCUUUUUGCUUGUACCAUUGUUACACACUCUCUGUCGUAGUCAGUCAGCUAGCUGUUAAGUUUCUGUUUUGUGGGUGUAUUGGCUGUAAUGAAUGAAUAAAUCCCUUCUCGGGAUUUAAGUCACUUUUCCUGUCUUUGUGUAAGAAUAUGUGUAAAGAGGCUAAAAAGCUGGAGACGACGGACGGCCUCUGCUAUACUAUUAUGUUUAUGUAUAGCAUCGUUUUUGCUCGGAAAAAAAAAAAAAAAAAAAAAAAAAAAAGUUACUGUGUUCGUUUUGAAUUUCAGUCAGUAAAUACUAAGUUACUGCUAACUACUGAGUCGGCUCUUCUCUAUAAAUAGACUCCGAUCCCAACCCGCUUCCUUCGCCUCUCUAAAGAAACGGAGAGAAACCACCGAGUUACUGCGGUGUAAAGUAGACUAAAGAAACUGGGAAUCAAUGAUGUGUGGGGAAAAGCUUCGUUCUUCGACGGCGACGUCGUUGCAUGUCGCCGCAUUUUGCGUCGUGGUGGCGGCGAUGAUUAUCGGCGUCCAAGGUUCACACAAAGUGUACCCGGAGUUGCAGUCUCUCCCCGCCGAGAAGGUCGACGAAACUCACCGGACCGGCUACCAUUUCCAGCCUCCUAAGCACUGGAUCAACGAUCCAAAUGGCCCAAUGUACUUCAACGGCUUGUACCAUUUGUUCUACCAAUACAACCCCAAGGGCUCAGUCUGGGGAAACAUCGUAUGGGCCCACUCAGUAUCCAAGGACCUCAUCAACUGGCAGGCCCUGGAGCCCGCAAUCGAGGCCACGAAGCCCUUCGACAUCAAAGGCUGCUGGUCCGGAUCCGCCACCAUCCUCCCGGGCAACAAGCCCGUCAUCCUCUACACGGGUGUCGACAAACACAACCGCCAGGUCCAAGACUACGCCGUCCCCACGAACCUCUCCGACCCUUACCUCCGGUCCUGGGUCAAACCCAGCAAGGGGAACCCGUUCAUCAACCCAGACCGGUCCGUCAACGCCAGCGCCUUCCGCGACCCGACCACCGCCUGGUUCGUCAACGGCGAGUGGCACACCGUGGUCGGGAGCAAGCGUGACAUGGUCGGGGUCGCUUACCUGUACACGAGCAAGGACUUCAAGAAGUGGGUUAGGGCGAAAGAGCCGCUCCACUCGGCUCGGGGAACCGGGAUGUGGGAGUGCCCCGAUUUCUACCCGGUUUCGCCCACUGGGCGGAGGGGCCUGGACACGUCAGCGUUGGGGAAGGAAGUGAAGCACGUGUUUAAAGUCAGCUUGGACUUGACGAGGUUCGAUUACUACACGAUCGGAGUGUACGACAAGGAGAAGGAGAAGUAUGUUCCGGAUUUGGGCUCGGUGGACAGUUGGGCCGGGCUCCGGUACGACUACGGUAACUUCUAUGCUUCUAAAUCGUUCUUCGACUACAAGAAGCACCGCAGGGUUUUAUGGGGUUGGGCCAACGAGUCCGAUGGCGAGGCCCGUGAUAAGGAUAAGGGUUGGGCCGGAAUUCAGCUGAUCCCGAGAAAGGUGUGGCUGGACCCAAGUGGGAAGCAACUGUUGCAGUGGCCUAUUGAAGAGCUGGAGAAACUGAGAAGUCCUAAUCCACGUAAAUUGAGCUCCAAAGUUUUGAGGAAAGGACAGUACGUUGAAGUAGACGGGACCACUGCUGCCCAGGCUGACGUGGUGGUCACCUUCUCAUUCCGGAGCCUCGACAGAGCUGAGCCCUUCGAUCCCAAAUGGGCCGACAUUCCGGCCCAAGACGUCUGUCAUCAGAAGGGCUCGACCGUUCCAGGUGGGCUUGGGCCGUUUGGGCUGCUCACCGUAGCCUCCGAGAAGCUCGAGGAGUUCACUCCGGUCAUGUUCAGGGUGUUCAAGAAAGGCGGCAAGCACGUCGUUCUCUUCUGCUCCGAUGCCACCAGUUCUAGCCUGGCCAAGGGGCUGUACAAGCCGUCGUUUGCUGGAUAUGUGGACGUUGACGUGUCUAAAACCAAGAAGAUUUCCCUGAGGAGCUUGAUUGAUCAUUCGGUGGUGGAGAGCUUCGCGGAAGGAGGGAAAACGGUGAUAUCGUCGAGGGUUUAUCCGACGCUGGCAACAGGUACAAAAGCCCGUCUCUUCUUGUUCUGA